AUGAGCGCUCUGAAGAUUCUCAACCAAAACAGCGAGGCGAGUCGCCGUGACCAAUCGCUGAUGAUGAACAUCCACGCCGCACGCUCGUUGGCGUCGAUUUUGAAGACCAACUUGGGUCCCAAAGGGACGUUAAAAAUGUUAGUCGACGGCGCUGGAUCGAUCAAACUGACAAAGGACGGGAGAGUCUUGUUGAAAGAGAUGCACAUCAACCACCCAACAGCUAGUUUGAUAGCAAACGCAGCAACAUCACAGGAUGAUAUAGUUGGCGAUGGUACCACAUCAACAGUAUUACUCUGUGGUGAACUUAUGAAGCAAUGUGAGCCUUAUUUGAGUGAAGGAAUCCAUUCGAGGUUAUUGGUUGAAGGUAUUGAGUUGGGGAGACAACACUUGUUCGACUAUAUCCCACAAGUGACCAAGAAAAUCGAUGCCACCGAGCAAAAAGUGUUAGAGAGUGUUGUGAAGAGUGUUAUUGGCACUAAGAUGACGACUGAAUUUACUGAAGAGUUGGCGACGAUGAUUGUUGAUGCUGUCAAAGUAAUAAAGAUAGAGAACACAAUCGAUUUGUUCAUGGUGGAGAUCCAAACCAUGAAACACAAAUUUGCAACAAACACUGAAUUGAUCAAGGGUUUGGUGAUGGACCACGGGACUCGUCACCCCGGUAUGCCACAUGACAUCCACAACGUCUUUGUCUUGACUUGUAAUGUGUCUAUGGAAUACGAGAAAAGUGAAGUGAACAGCUCCGUCUUUUACUCGGAUGUCAACCAACGCAAUGCAAUGGUUAAGAAUGAGCGCAAAUAUGCCGACGACCAAGUCGCUAAAGUUGUCGACUUGAAGAGAAGACUUGUUGAGAAAUAUGGAAAGGAUGUUGGACUCUUAGUAGUGAACCAGAAAGGUAUUGAUCAACCAAGUCUUGACAAAUUGGCCGCUGCGCAAGUGAUGGCACUUCGUCGUGCCAAAAGAAGAAAUAUGGAGCGAUUGACUCUUGCGUGUGGAGGAGUGGCUUUGAAUUCGUUUGAAGGAGAAAUUCCAUUGGAAUCCCUUGGACGUGCUGGACACGUCUUUGAGAGUGUAGUUGGCGAGGAGAAAUACACUUUUGUUGAGGAGUGCGAACAUCCGAAGUCAUGCACCAUAUUGAUCCGUGGUUCUGACGACCAAAUUAUCGAACAACUGAAGGACACUGUUCGUGAUGGGUUGAGAGCAUGCAAAAACGCGAUGGAAGAUGGUGGCGUGGUCUUAGGUGCUGGUUGUUUUGAGUUGCAGUGUUGGAAGGAGUUGACUAACUUUGCCAAGACGGUGAAAGGCAAAGCAAAAUUGGGAGUAGAAGUACUUGCGAAUUCCAUGUUAAUCAUUCCAAAGACAUUAAUUGAGAACAGCGGGUAUGAUGUGACUGAGAGAUUAUAUGAAUUAGAAGAUGCUAUUAAUGAAGGCAAAGUCGGUGGUGUUGAUAUCGUCACUGGUGGCUUCAAAGACGUUCAAGACGUUUGGGAUGGGGUUAGGGUUAAGAAACAGAUGAUACAACUUGCGACGGUUCUUGCUUGUCAGUUAAUGCUUGUUGAUGUCGUCAUGCGUUGUGGUAAGAAGAACAACAAAUCGUCUGUUCCCGAUGGAGGACAAUUCAACUAA